UCGUCUGAUGGAUAAGCUUUUGCUACACUUCAGACUGAUUACGAUUCAUUGACCAACUCAUUAAGAGCAAAGAGUAAUAGGUUUUUUUUACAACAACCUGAUCAUUAAUCAGAACUAAACAUGUAAUCAGAUUACAAGAAUUAUUAGUUUCAGAAAACCUUUACAUAUUACGUAUUAUUAUUGUCACGAUCGAGCAUCAACCCCACUGACCUGUCCAUCGAUAUGAGACCGACUAGAAAAUUGAGUAGAAAAGGUUAAUUCAACUGGAUUUAUGUCGAUAUUACUAAUCCUAUUGUCCAUUUAAUAUCAAUUAAAUGGCGACGAAUCUAUUUAUCCACAGUUGCAAUUAUUUUCUAUGUGAAUCCAAACUUGUUUAUUAAAGUGUAAUUUAAAUUAACUUGGGAGAAUCGCCAUCAGCUGAUUGUUACCUUUAGAAAGAUUUGGAAUUCAGCGAUUAAGUUUCAAUCACCUGAUGUUUUGAUUAUCCACACAAAUGAGAAACAAUUAAAUGGUAAAUAUUGGGAUCGCCUGAAGGAAAAUGAACAAAUUCAAGUUGAAAAGAUGGUUAAACCAACGGAGAUCUUUAAUUUACCUUUGGCUCAUGUUUAUCAUUCUAGUGAUGUUGCCCGAUUGAUUGUUCUCAUGAAAUAUGGUGGAAUUUAUAUUGAUAGUGAUUUACUUAUUUUAAAAGAUUUAAACUCAUUCCGUCGGUUUGAAUGCUCAAUUGGUUGGCCUGAGAAUGAGUUCAUUGGAAAUCAGCUGAUUAUUGCUCAUAAAGAUUCAAGAUUCAUCAAGAAAUGGUUCCAAUCUUAUAAAUAUUACAAUGGAUCAAGUUGGUAUUUCAAUGCAGGCCAAUUACCGACCCAAUCGAUACUCAACUCUAACCCUGAAUAUGUUCAUCGGGAAACUAAAUCAUUUGGUGUCGCUCCUGAAAUACUUUACUUAUAUUCAUCUGUAAAUAACAAAUCCGAUUGGAUUGAUAAAUUUCACACAAUCCAUUUACUGGAGAGACAUCGUUCAUAUUUGAUUCCAAGUGAUUCAAUCAGAUAUUUCAACGAAUUCAAUAUUAAAUCUUAUAAUAAGACUUUCGGCUCAAUGGCGAGAGAUAUUUUAUUUGACUCGCCUCGUUUGAUAACUUGAUUUAAUCAAUUAGACGGAUAGUCUUCAAUAUGUCAAUUUAUUCAUCUCAUGUUAGUGAUUAAGUGAACCGAUAUAAAAAAAAAAUGGAUAAAUAUUGAAAUGGACAAAAUUUGCUGUUUUCAAACAAAAUGUGUAUUUUUACAGAUUAUGCAACAUUGUCUACAUAAUGAUAGCUCCCAAAAUAAUGUCAACCAGAAUUAUUCAUAUACUCAAUUCUCAAUGAGAUCGAUGUCUUUUUAAAAUAAAGGUCAAUCAUUUCAGGCUUCCUGUAACUUUUGUUUCUUUUUCUUUUU